AUGUCCGAAGAUAACAGCACUACAGGUUUUCCUCCUGAUCGUUCUGACGGUUCUGCUAACGAAUCUUUUUGUUCUAUUCCUCCCCAUCCCUGCUUCCUUCUUAAUUUGCCUCCUGCUCCACGAACAGCUGACACAGCUAACUCAGCUACCGAUGGCCAGCAUCAAUCUAGCAACGGGUCUGGAACUAAAACUGCCAAAGAUGAUACUACCGAUGGCGGUACUGAAAAUACCGUAGCUGAUGGUACUGAGGCAAGAACCGAGGGAAACAACUAA